AUGAACUGCACGGAGAGGCUCGAGGUCAAGUCUGCUUAUGAUUUCUUACAGUAUACUUUUGUUCUGUUCGUGCUCAACACGUCCAUAGGAAUACCUAUCGCUAUCUCGAUAUAUUACCUGUUUCUUGGUUCCUACAAGGAAUGCAUUGAAGCUUUGCAUCAACGUUUGGGACUAAGUCGCGCUAUCUGGAUUAUGCGUGCUCUGUUUCCCCUCAUAUUGGUGAUAUGAAAGAGUAUAUAAAGGCCAACUGGAGCUUUUCAGUUUGGCGCGGGGGUCAUCUAUUACAAGCUGACCGACAUGCCCAGAAAGCUUAUCUUCGAAGAUAAAAAGCCACCAUGCAAAAGUAAUUUAACGACCUAAAUACCUCAAGAAUUCUACGAUUGAAUCAAUUUUGUUCACUUAUUCAUAUUACAGGUGCUUUCAAUUUUCUACUGUUUGUGUUCACUCAUGCUCCUUCUAUGCUUGCUGUUUCUAAACUGGUCGACGCCGCCUGGGAAAAAAUGAAACCAUCCGUCAACCCCGUUUGA